AUUUCAGCCUCCGACCAAGGGUUAUCGUUCUCGGCGGGGCUAUAUUUUGUUUUGUAAAAUUAGAAAAGUUUAACUUUUCUCAUAUUUAGAAUUUAAUUACUUAACGCGGUUUUCCCGAAGUCAUAUUUCCAAAACAGAAAGGAACAAGUUUGGUAGCAUUAAUCUGAAAGCACCUUUAAAAAAAUAAGAGCUCUCUUCUGGAUUAAAAAAAAGAAUAUUAUCUUUGAUGGAACUAUUUUCUUUUUGACUGAAACCCACGUCAGUAAUACAAGAGUUGACACGCUGUGCAGUUUUUCACUGUGGACGCCAAUUGCCCCACUUACUGCGGGAACAGCACUGUAUUACAAUGUGGAGUAAACAACUCAUUUUUCUACUUCUGGAACUGGUGUGGCUUUUGGAUGUUACUGAAGCAGGGUGCUCCGAAUCGCAAAAAUGCUGCAAAGGCAGGGACCAUGGGUGCAGCAGCUCAGGUUGGAGAAUGGAUCGAGUUUACGGGACUUGCUACUGCGACGAAGCGUGUAAAAGCAUUGGCGAUUGCUGUUACGAUUACACCCUGACCUGUCCAGCUCGUCCAUGUGUCGUGAGUGAAUGGAGCCAGUGGAGUGGCUGCGCUGAGCAAUGCGUGCCCAGUGUCCGGAUUCGGCAGCGCCACGUCGAACAGGAGCCUCAGAAUAAUGGAGACCCCUGUCCUACUCUGGAAGAGCGAGCAGGCUGCCUGGAGUACAUGGAUUACCAGGGCAUCCGCUGUGGACAGUCUCAUGAACCUGCUUUUAUAAGCACCGCAGAAUACAAUAAUGGGAGAAAACAGCACACUUUGUUUGGGGAUGAAAAGAUGCCUGGAUAUUGUGCGGAGUUUGUGAUUGAGUCGCUGUCCUUCCACUGCACUGUAGAGAAUCGUCCAUUCGCCAGGUGGAUGCAGUAUCUCCGAGAAGGUUACACUGUUUGUGUAACAUGUCAGCCACCAGCCCUGAAUUCACACAACCACCGUUGUCAUGGUGAUGAGGCAACUAUUAAUGGGACUCGUAUAUCACAGUGGCAAGCAGUGGGUAAUUCUCGGUGCAGAGGAACGUGGAAAAGAGUGAAUGGGGGACUGCAGUGCUCAUGCCCUGGUGUCCACAGUUUUAUUUUUAUUUGAGUAAUUAUUAUUUUAGAAACAUUCUGCACAAGGUUAUCAAUUUAUGAUUAUGUUUACUGUACAUCGGAAAAAACAUCAUUUUACUUUGAAGAUCACAUUUCACAAAUAUUAUCGUCAAACAGGAUUGCAUCAUUCUGAAUGUGAAUUAAGGUCUUUAAAAAUAUUAGUUUGAAUUGUUAAUGUUCUGAAAACACGGUUGGUGAUCAUUUGUGAAGGUUAUCAUACAUACUUAGAUUCAAAACUUGAAGUUCUUUGUGACCAUCUCCCACAAUAUGGUUGUAUUUUUAGGGGCUUAUUUAAAAAUUAGUAGCAUAAUUUUCUCCAGUUUAGAAUUAAUUCUAAUCACUACGAACACAUUAAGUGAUUUGUCUUUUCAGGACUAAAUCAUAUUCUGGCCAAUUAGAUUUAAAAAAAGCUCAGAUAGAUUAGAUAGAAGAAUAUCUUAAACACUUCAGUGCAACACUUUGACAGUGACUUAAACAUCUUACUUAGGAUGCCAUAACAUCAGAGUGUAGAUUGCAGAAAUGAUGGGGGGCAUGGUCGGUGGGGUCCUAAGCAAAUUCUGUGGAUUUGUUAUUGUGAAUUCUGCAUUGCAUCUGGACUGGCUUUAUUUGGCCAAGGUGCAAAUAAAUAGGAAAACAAUUGUGCUAAUUCUUCAGGCAAGUCAGUGCAUUUUUAUAAGGACAAAGUCAAAUGUGUGUUUUGGGAUUUUAGCCCAGUAUCAAUUCAUAACAGCAUUUAAGAGUGCUAGUAAAAGGGCACUCUUACAUUGGGUCUUCCAUGGACAUAAGGUAUUCCAGAUUGUCGAUAGCCACUGAGAACCAGUAGUUGAUGACAUAAGCCAUCUUGGCCAUCCAUGGUUUCAGUAUUUUCAUAUUAGACAUCCGGAUCAUACGACCUGCCAGAGAGCUCUAGAUCACCAUGCAGCAUCGGCCAAUGACAUUUGUAUUUGUAGCACUCAUGACUGACUAUCUUUAUGGAAGCAGAAAUCCAGUGUGUGGUAUGACCUCAGCAAAAUCUGAAAAGUGCACAUCCACUCAUAGAUAGAAUGAUGUCAACUAAUAAGUGUGUGUAAGUUUUAUGGCAAAUUUAAAAUGAAGUUCAUUUUAAGAAUUGGUUAUGGAGAAGUUUACAUCUGCAACAAAGGAUUAUUAAAAUUUAGGGAAAAUCAAAAAAUAGGCAUUCUAAUGGUGGAAGAAAACCAGAAUGUUUUUCCUAAUUCUUAUCAAUUAUUAAAAUAUGGACAUUAGUAAUAAACAACUACAAAACUGUGCAGGUUUACUGUUGUUGGAAAUGUGUAUAAUGAGAGAAUGCAUCUAAAUAUUGCUAAUAACCUUUAAAGUAGAAACUCACAAGCUUCAUGCAUGAGUAUGUUUUUGACACUGAAAUGACAUCUUUUUCAAUUUGGCAUUGCACAAAAUAUAAUUAUAAUGUACAUUUGUCAUCA